CGUCCCUCGCAGUCGCUCGCCCUUUCGUGCCGGUUUCUCCCUAAGGACGAGUCGGUAUCUCGCACGAGCGGUGACGGAGGAUCGUUCGUGGCCAGCCGUUCCGUCAUCGACGCGUCGACGUCGCGACGAGUCAACAGUUUCGUCCCACCAGUGAAUCCGGCGAUCGAUAAUCGAUAUAAUCGCGUUGCACGUGACAAUUUUCGACCGUGCGUGGUGCGGCGCGAGCUCGUCAUCCCCACCCCCGGACCCUGUGAUUGCCCCACUCCUCGGUCGAGCAUCGUCCGAUAGAUUUCGUUCCUUCCCCCCACUUUCGUCUCUUUCCUUAAUUCUUCCUUCUUUCUCCCGUUUUCCUCCGAGCAGUAGUUACUCUACGUGUUGCGUGUCGUGCGCGUCGUCGCGAGCUGCGUGAUUUCUCUCGUCGUAUCUCGUCGGGGUCGGUCGACCCGUGUGCGCAACCACCGUUGUCGCUGGACCUCGAGACUUUUCGUCGCGACCGUAACGACGUUGUCAAAACAACGCGCACGUUGAAUUCCGUGCCGGCUCACGAGGCUCGCUCUCGGAAACGGGAAUACUCGGAGAAUAAAUACGAGGAAACGAGGAAAAAAGGUUGUAAAAAGGGCGAGAGUGCGCCGAAGCCGUUGAUCGUGCCGCGAUCGCGCGCGUUAAUUUCCCUCGCGAGCGUUGCCGACGGUACUCGAUCGCGGCGGAGUAGCCACACUGGUUCGCGCGACGAAUCGACAACUCCGUCGCGCUCGAUCGCGCGAUUCCUUGCGCAUACGGCGCAUCGCGGAUCGUGUUGCGGUGCCGCAACGCGUAACAGCGCGUACGCCCGUUUCGUAGUUGGCCGCGUUACAAUAAAGCAGUCAAAAUUCGGGUAAAAGGUGAACCGAAGCCAUCCUACGCGAUGGAAAAGGACGAUCAAGAAAUAGAGAAUCCCGGAGGAGGAGUGGCGAACGGGGCGAACGGGGCCAACGGGGCCAACGGGCAGUACCCGGAACAGCAGCAGCAUGUGGAAGAAGACGAUCUGUCCGAGAGUUCGCACGAAGAACAUGACGACGAUGGCGAAGAAGAAAAAAUUGACUUACUGACGCAACCUAUGUUUCCACCUAACGCACAACCCUCAUUGGAUGCACUGGCGCAAGCCACGUCUACUUCGAUGGCCCAUCUCAAUAGUUUUCUCGCCAUACAUCCACAAUUUCUAGCAAAAUUCAAUAUGGAGCAUACUGACCCAGAAUUACAAAGCAGAAGUUUUGAGGCUCUGCAGGCUGUGAUGAACAGCAACUUUAACGUCCCCAACAUGCUGCUUGGCAUGCCCUCGAUAUACAACAGGUCGCAACAACAAAACAUGCCACAACAACAAAACAUGUCGCAACAAGCAAGUUUGCAACAACAGGGCUUGCAGAACAAUAGUUCUCCCAUCGUGAACGCCGUUGCAAAUCAAGCAGCAAUGCCCUCCUCGACCACGCAACCGGACGUGUCGCCCAGGAGCACCAGGAGUAACGGAGAAGCUGAAUCUCGUGAAUCUCGCGAAUCCCGUGAAUCUCGUGAACCACGUGCUGCGUCGAGCAACCAGCAAGUGGGGCAAGCGGGUUGGAGCUUCGAAGACCAGUUCAAACAGGUGCGUUAGUUGUACGAGAUUGACGACAAUCCUAAACGGAAAGAAUUUCUCGACGAGCUGUUUGGUUUUAUGCAAGCCAAAGGAUCACCCAUCAACCGAUUGCCCAUCAUGGCAAAGUCCGUGUUGGAUCUCUACGAGCUUUACAACUUGGUAGUCGCGCGCGGUGGAUUGGUCGAAGUAAUCAACAAGAAACUUUGGCAGGAAAUCAUCAAGGGUCUCCACCUGCCAUCGAGCAUUACUUCCGCCGCAUUCACGCUACGCAGCCAGUACAUGAAAUAUCUAUUCCCGUAUGAAUUGGAAAAGGAAGGGCUCUCGACCCCAGAAGAACUCAACACAGCCAUCGAGUCGAAUCGCCGCGAGGGUCGCAGGACCAGUUACGUCGCGUAUCCCUCUAAUGCCAAUGAAAAUUUGCAAUCUGCGAUACAACGGAAUCAGCACGCGCAGAAUUCGUUGGCGCUGCAUCAUUCGAUGCCAAUGUCUCUCGCCGCUCAAAUGGCGGCGGUGGCCGCUGGACCGUCAUCGUUGGUCGCGAACGGACGUUCGCAUACUCCGCUGCAGCAUCAGUCUCAUCCCUCGCAGCAUGCUCAACCGAGUCUGGCAUCGAUACCUUCAGAAUACAUGUUGAAAAUGUUGGGUCAAGAUGUGCGGAAUAUAAUAUCCGCCGAAUCUUCUUCGAUGCUUCAACGGCAUCCUAGUGCAUCGUCACCGACAAUGCCGGAAGCGCUCAGCAAAGUUACAGAUUACAGAAUAGGACAUUUUUGGAACAUGUGUCACAACAAUAACAACAACAGUAAAAUAUAUCCAACUCAGUCACCGCUCUCCCCAUCGGCACUCCAUUCGCCGUUAGCACCAGCGAACAGCCCCGAGCCACAGAGAGAAGCCUUGGAUCUCGCAAGUUCUACAAUCAAAUCAGAACCUUCAAUCGGCUCUCCGCUCGCUGUAAGUUCACCCUCGGCAUCAAAUGUGAUUACUUCGAAAAGAAGCUACAACGAUACUGCCUCACCUAUUCCUCCUUCCAAAAGAGUUUACGGAGACGAGAACUUCACGAUUGCAAGCAACAUUUUUCGCGUGAACCAAUCGACCUUUGAAGAAGGUGGUCGAAAACGAUUGCACAUGUGCGUGGAUAUCAACGGUGUCACGUACAAGGGUGUUUUGGCUGCCGACGACAAUAGCGCGAGCAAUUCGCCUGAAACUGACAAUAACGCAACGGACAAUGUCGACGCAAAAUCAUCACAAAAUAUCUCUUCGUGA